CAAUGACCAUAAAGAAGAAAAUCCAGACCAAAUAUCGCCUUCCAGUUUUGAACUGGACACCGCUCAAACCACAGCAGCUUAAAGGGACCAUCUUCUCAGAACUGGAUGAUGAGAGAUUGUAUAAUGUCAUAGACUUCAAUGAAUUUGAAGACAUCUUCAGAUUAGGCCCCGCAGGGCCACUGUCAGUAGCUGGUGAUGGCACACCAAAAACACUAAAGAGAAAUAAGAAAGCCGAGACCAUCUCAUUAUUAGAACCCAACAGACUUCGCAAUGUCGCCAUCACAAGACGAAAAAUUGAAUUAUCCAAUGAUGACAUUGUACGGGCUAUCAAUGGGCUGGAUCUGAAGAAGCUGUCUCUAGACAUUGUAGAUAUUAUGAUGACAAUCCUACCAAAUGAACAAGAGGUGAAAGCUUACAAAAACUUUGAGAGAGACAAACAGCCUGUUGCAGUUUUAUCUGAUGAGGAUAAGUUCAUGCUUCAGAUGGUGAAAGUCGAGAGACUUACUCAAAAACUUCAGAUAAUGAGCUUCAUAGGGAACUUUGAUGAUAACAUCCGCCAGCUUCAGCCGCAAGUCAAUGCAGUGAUAUCAGCCUCCAUGUCAUUAAAGAAUUCACACAAGUUCAGGAAAAUUAUGGAGAUAAUCCUGGCACUGGGGAACUACAUGAACAGUAACAAGCGAGGUGCAGUCUAUGGUUUCAAGUUGCAGAGUCUGGACAUGCUGGUAGAUACAAAGUCAGGGGACAAGAAGACAACAUUGAUGGAUUUCUUGGCUUUGACUGUACAUGACAAGUUCCCUGACCUCCUCAAUUUUGACUCUGAGCUCCGUUUUCUGGACAAAGCAGCCGUUGUAUCCAUGGAGAACAUCAACACUGACAUCCAUGAACUGGAGCGAGGGAUGGAGCUGACAAAACGAGAAUCAAUCCUUCGUAAGGACUCCCGUGACUACCCACCCAUCCUCAAGGAUUUCCUCUCAGGUGCAGAAGAUGUGUUCAAGAAGCUGAUUGGAGAUGUCAAAACAGCUCAAGAUGCCUACAAGAAGGUGGUUGAGUUCUAUGGAGAAAAUCCGAGGAGUAUCUCUCCGGCUCAGUUCUUUUCACAGAUUGUUAGAUUUGUGAACAGUUUUAAG